AUGCAGACACACGGUACUAAUCCAAACGACCAAGCUCCAUCGCACCUCUCUCGCAUACAAGCUGCCCUGGUCGACUGUCAGCUCUGGGUCGUUGAUUUCGAGGGCGAAAUCGGCUGUGUCGGCAUAGUCGCCCCGCCCGGAAAAGGCCUCUGGGAAAGUGCAGAACAGAAAAAGUUGCGCGACAAUGCAAUGUCCACCGUCUCCCCUGCCGCCAAACGAUGGCUCGAAACCGAACUGGACCCUCAUCGCCAAAGCAAGUCCCAUCUCCCCGGCGGCGCCACUGCCUCAUACUAUCUCAACGCCCUCGGUACCCACCCCUCGUUUCAAAAUAAAGGCCUAGCGCGCGCGCUCUUGGGAAAACUGGAAGAGCUCGCGCGAAGGGAUAAAACAAGAGUCGCGUUGGUAGCUCACUCAGACCGAGCGGCUAAGAUAUACCAAAAUAAUGGGCUACGGAUCAUCUACCAUGCUGUGCUUCGGUUCGGAGGCGAUCUGGGCGAGGGGCCGUAUUACCUUAUGGUGAACGACUGUGGGCUGUCUACGGAAGCGAUAUAG